AUGUCUUCGCUCAAACAACUCUUCCUAUUGACUUCCUCCCUCCUAGUCUCAGUCCACGCCCAAGGCGUUCUUCUUUCAGCCCAAGGGACCAAAGGCUCUCCCGCAUCUCUCCCCCUUCAAGUCGUACUUAACGCCAACGAUGCCAACAUAAUCAACCCCACCGAAAUUAGCACCAACGUAGUCAACGAAUGUGGACGUACUCUUCUCAAUGGCAACAUCGAUAUUGGUGAAAACACUGAGACCCAAUUAGCCAAUAAAACCGUAACAUCAGUUACGAAAGGAAGUACGGUUAAUGUGGUGAUGCAGCAAGGAGGUACGAAUGGAGCAGGGCCGUAUACAUGUGAUAUGGAUCAGACGAGUAAUGCACUAGGCUCCGGUCAGACGAAGUUGACCGUUAAGGAGACGGAUGGAGCGAACGGGAAUAUUAAAUUGGCGGUUACUAUGCCCAGUAACAUGAGUUGUAUUGGCGCCUCAACAGGAAAUAUCUGUACAAUCCGCUGUUUCAAUGCAGCAACAGCUGGCCCAUUCGGUGGUUGCUUUGCAGUAAUGCAGACAGAUGAGACAGCUAGCAAGAACACACCCGGUACUAUUGCCACAGCACAGACAUUAGAAGGUGUUGAGGCUCAGGUCUUACAAAACAACAAAGAUCUUCCUGCCGCUAUGAAAGCCAACUCUGAAGCAACACUCAACGAACAAGGAAUAUUCGCCGUCGAAGCACUUCUCAGCUCUUCUUUAACGGCAAUUGCUACGAGUACUACUGCAUCUGCAGCAACUGCGGCGACUACUACUGCGGCGGCUGCUAAAAAGAAUGGAGGAAAUGGGAACGGAAAUGGAAAUGGGAAUAAGAAGAACGGAGGUGGAAAUGGGAAGAACGCGAAUAAUGGGAGGAGUGAGAGGGUUUUUGUUGCGUGA